CGCGAGUGUCGGCAGCCAAGGUAGCAGCCAAGGCUCGGCCAUGCGCUUCGCCGUCUAAAUCCCGCGCGUUUUGCCGAUUUUUACACGUCGCGCACAUCGACGCGGUUGUUAUGCCCGGGAACGUGGCGGAAAGCAAGCAUCAUCAGAGCAUGGGCAACGUCAACGGCGCCACGAAGGUCAAGUUCGGCGGGUCCUCGAAGAUCAGCGUGCCCUGGAGGAAACGGCACAAGAAUCCCGACAAAAGCGAGGAAUCCAUCGCGCAGGAUGGGCCCGAGGAAGGCGGCUUCGCCGAAGCCGAGGACGACGCCGAGAGAGAUCAGUUGUGGAGGAUGAGCAAGAUGAUCAGGGACGAGCCCGAUGUCUUUGUCAUGAACAAUCUGCUGCUCUCGAUUCAGCUGUUCUCGAAUUACGAGAAGGAGAUGAAAAAAGCUCACCAGGAGGUACUGACGCGCGAGGAGGAACUGAAUGAGAAGCUUCUACCGGAAAAGCGAGCAUUACUGCCAGACGCUCUGCGCGAGCAUUUCGCCGGUCGGCUAAGGUUCACGUCCUUCUGCAAAUCCGACGAGGACGAACAGACGGUCGAGCCUCUGAGGCCUAUCAAGGUCUACCUCGUCUACGAGAACGUCGUCGUCUCGGAACUCGACGAGGCUCGACACUACUCCAGCCCUGGCGAUCUCAACUACAAUUACACUUUUCUACUCAAGAAAGCCAAAUACGAGGGCUACGCGCGACUCGAACAGAUAAGUCAACCGAGUCUGAAACGAGGUCCGGAUUCGGACAACACAGAUUUAUCGUCGAUCGCAGAGAACACCGAUGAGAUCUACAGCGAAGGUGGUUCGGUUUACGGACUGGUGUCCAACAGCCAGAUGCAGAAUGCUGCAGCUGGUGUUUCGGGAGUCAAGACCAAGUCGAUGCCAAAUCUACUCGACGAAGGGCUCUACUACGACGAGCAGAACAAUUCUGGAUUGACGCACGAACUACAAAGCAACGGAAAGGUUCACAGGCAGUCUCGACCACAUAGAAACGCUCGUCCCCGUCUCUCCAAUCAAACGAAUCCGAGCUCGACAAGUUCGAGCAGCUCCGGCUACCUGACGAACGGCGGUUACGGCUUCGGUGGCGCUGAUAGCGACAGCAGCGAGUCGCUGCACCACCUCCAGCAGUCGAGGUUCGGACGUAACGCAGCUGCCUGCAUCGACCCAAGCAGCAUACCCUCGCACUGCUUCAGCCGGGUGACCUACAUGUACAACGGUCGCAUCUACAAUCCGACCCGGGAACCCAAAGCUCUGACGAUCCAGCAGAGAAGGAUCAGAAACGAGAAGCUUCGACACAACUACAAGAUCGUCUACGUAAACGCCGACGAAUUCUCCAAGCACUUCGACAGACUCUUCAGGCACGAUCUGGCGGCCAGGAUGGACUUCGACAAGAAGACCGUGGAGAGCGCUACCAAGAGCGAUGCCACCAUCAAGUUGGAGAAGAUCUUUUACGACACGAUUAAAAAAUACACGAGCAUCGAGCAGUACGAAGUGAUACCUUGCUUCUCGAGUCCAUGGCCGCGUUGGGCUCGCAAGUGGUCAGAACGCACUCGAGGCGACUGGCCGAACCAGGAAGAUAUUCGCCGAGUCGAGAAAUUUCCCUGCUACCUGAUACCAGAGUCUUUCCGACCUCUUGGUGCAAACUCCGAGACCGGUCUCUGGAAGCUCGACUGGAACCUGAGCUUCCCUGGUGCCGAAAGAUACCUCGAGACUUGUCUGUCGCCUCCGCAGAUGACCGUUUACACCAUCGCUCUCAUGAUGCACAAGACCUUCAUGAGGAAUCUCAGUUCGAGCUUUGGACUUAACGCGUCGCAUAUCAGGAACAUGGUGUUCCAGAUGAUCGAGAAGAUGCCUGAUUGGUCUGAACACGAGAUGGGGAAAUUGAUGAAGGCCCUGCUGGAGAAGUUGCACUACAAAAUUCAGCAGCGCAAGUUGUGCGACUAUUUCCUAGAGGAGCGCAACCUCUUCGCAAACAUCAACACAGACUACCUGCUGCACUCGCAGAAGCAACUGAAUCGCAUAAUCGAGAACCCGGUGAUGUUCUUGUUCCACGCGAUGGAGAAGAUUCACUACGAGGACGAACGCCAGUAUCCGAGAUUGAACUACCGUGAGCUACUCAGGCUUCUGACCAUCAAUGAAAUACUCAUCAUCAAUCCAAACCUCGAGGCCAAGAACAACGAAGAUCAGCAGCAGCAAGAAGAUACCGGAGUUGGUUUUACUGCGGUGUACGGUAAAAAGGAAGCUGACAAGAAGUUCUGGAGCGAGGUCAAAGAGACGAAUCAGUAUCACAUGCAGACGAGGAAGAGAAACAUGAAAACACUCAUCACGCCGAAGCAGGUCGUCGAUUCCAUCAUUGACAUUCGAGAAAAAUGUGAACCACUGACGACCGUUCGCCUGGCCUCUCUAUUGAUCUUCUUCGCGAAACACUUUAUUCGAAUGGCGGACAGUUGUACAACAAAGGGUGCAGCCCACCAGAAAAAGGUUUACCUGAACCAAGCUCGACUUUUAGGUCUCCUUCUACUACAUGAGAGUCCAGAUCACAAAUCCGAAGCACGGAAAAUUUUGGACGAAGUUCGCUCGCAACGGGGCAGUCCCGUCCAAACACCGGACUUGCCGGCGCAACCUAUCACACCGAGACGAAACGCCGAUGAGCCUCUAUACGCGGGAACUCUCCGGGAUAGGUUCAAUAUCGCAAGCAGUAUCCAGGCAGAGGUACACUCGUCGGAAACAGCAGAACAGUCAGAUGCGAAAUCUGCGUUGUACAAGUCGUCGUCGAGCAAAGUAGCUACGACGAAGCUGGCGAAGAAGCUUAUGAAUAACGUUACCCUCGCGGAUAAGCCUUCUGCUGAGACGACUUCGUUUUAGAGUGUGAUCGAAGGGGACCUCUUUGGUGAUGUUGUUGAGGUUUUCUUAAUUCACUAAUGGUUCGAGUGAUCGAAUAAUGUGGAGUUGAUUUAUAGUGAGAUGACUAAGAAGAAGGAUGCUUUGAAGAAUCAUAUGUGAUCACAUUUUGUACAAUGCUAUAAUAGAAUGUUCCUUAUAUUAUAAGAUGGACUUUCAGACCUCUGUUUGAAAGCUGCAAAUCUUUAAUAAAUAAUGUGAAUGUUGAAGAAA